UUGUUUUGGGCCGGCGAUCUGGCCGGAGGGAAGUUUCGUGGCGGCGGCUCGGCGCCCGGGCACUGCUUGCCCUGGCGGCACCAAGACGACCGCGGCUCUGGGGGUCGGCCGGUGAGAAAGAAGAGGGGAGCCCCAGAGUGCACGGAUCCGACUCUGAAGAGCUCUGUCUCGCCGCUAUGGAAGGGGCUCGGGGGCUGCUGCUGUUACUGCUGCUGAUGUCGGCCUCCUCCGCCGAAGGUCUUGCUAGUGGAAAACAAGAAGCAAAGAAAUCUGGCUUGUCAACAUCUACAAAGUCAUAUUCACAUGUGAUGGACUCAGUAGGUAUGCAACAGGUAGCCCAGUCCUUCCUGGCCCAGUUAAAUUAUACUUCUCCAGUCAGUGCAUUUUCACCUCCCACGGAUUCCAGUCUUGUAAAGAUCAAUAAGCUCACCUCAUCAGAAGAUCACGCAGAUCACUUUCUCCAGUCAAUUAAAUUUAAUCCUACAGUAGGAACUAUACUAAGCGCUGAACAUAUGGACAUCAGAUUUAAUUGCUCUAUCAACGUUCCCAAGUCACUGGUCAACCAAGACUUCCCACUUAUUUCCUUGUGGAAGAAUGGGAAGGAAAUUUUUGAUACUGGCAAGAUAGCCAUCCACUCUUACCAGUUUGAUUACAAUGAAGUAACCACUAUGAAAUCUGCUUUCAGAAUAACCAAUGCUCAGCGUUCUGAUAAUGGGUCUUAUAGCUGUAAACUGAAAGUUAAGAAUAAUGAAAUUGAAUCAGAUCCUAUUUUGGUUUUGUUAGAAG